CACUUAGUUACUUGGAAUGUGGGCACAGCUGCUCCACCUCCUGAUGUCAGUAGUUUACUUCAGCUCGAUUCACUGGGCCCAACUAUGGAUAUGUAUGUUAUAGGCUUACAGGAGGUAAACUCAAAAAUCACCAAUUUUCUGUCUGACUUGGCGUUUGAUGAUCCAUGGAGCAUUUUCUUCAUGACUGUAUUGUCUCCCUUGGGAUAUAUCAAGCUCUCCUCCGUUCGCAUGCAGGGAUUGCUCCUCCUGAUCUUUGUGAAGCAUGUCCACCUGCCUUUCAUACGGGACCUUCAUACCCAGUUCACACGCACAGGCCUCUAUGGGUACUGGGGCAACAAAGGAGGAGUCACCAUUCGCAUGUCCCUCUAUGGUCACACAGUUUGUUUCAUGAACUGCCACUUGCCAGCUCACAUGGAGAACACAGAGCAGCGACUGGAUGACUUUGAGAAAAUUCUGGAAAUGCAGUUUGAAGGAGAGAAUAUUCCAAGUGCCUUGGAACACGAUGUUCUCUUCUGGUUUGGAGAUCUGAACUUCCGGAUCGCGGAUUACGGCAUACACUUUGUCCGGGAGUCAAUAAACAACAAGCGUUACAACCUGCUCUGGGAAAAGGACCAGUUAAAUAUGGCAAAAAAGAAGGAAGCAUUUCUUCAGGAGUUCAUAGAGGGUCCUCUGCACUUUAAACCCACCUACAAGUUUGACCUUUAUUCGGAUGUAUAUGACACAAGUGAGAAGAAAAGAAAGCCAGCGUGGACAGACAGAAUCCUUUGGAGAGUGAAGAACCUCUGCCAGCAUGCACCAAAAGAAGGCGAAUUCUCUGAGGAACAGCAGACAAUUUCUGUUACUUUGAAUAACUAUAUCAGUCACAUGAGCUACGGCAUCAGCGAUCACAAACCUGUGACAGGAACAUUUGGGCUUGAGUUGAAGCCUCUUGUAUCAGAACCUUUGGUCACACUGAAUCCUGAGGGCGAGUGGAGUGCGGAACAUGAUGUUCUCAUCAACUAUUCUGCAGUGCCUGAAUUCCCAAGCAGUGCCUGGGACUGGAUUGGGCUCUUCAAGGUGACUUUCAGGCAUGUGAAUGACUAUGUUACUUAUUCCUGGGUAGAAGAUGAUGAAAUUUCUUCUAACAAAGGUGGUAAACAAGUUUACAUGAGUGCUGCAGAAAUACCAGAUGCAGGAGGAGAAUUCUUGCUUUGCUAUUACAGCAAUAAUCUGCAGUCAAUAGUUGGUAUCAGCCAGCCUUUUCAGGUUCAGCCUAACAGAACAUUAAUAGGAAACGAGCUGCCACAGGAAGAGAACAGUUGGAUGCAGAGACCUGACAAUCUGGAAUCACACGACGAGUUCUGAAGGCAGAAAGGGCAUUUAGUGGUCCCGAUUCAGGAGUCAGAUGAUUCUUUGUGUCUUAGUGAGAGUAAAAGCUUGUAAUCAGAAGAUGGAGUAAGACAGUGCAAGUAAGACAGGUAGGAUU